AAUCAGGCAUUACUUUCAUAGAUAUUUUAUAAAUUAAACUGUAACUACAUGGAAAUUGAUGUUUUCUCUUCACUUGUAUUAAGUUUGAAUCAAAGAAGGGAAGUUUAUGACUCUGUAUAAGCAGUAAUAUUUUAAUUGAAAUAUAAUUCACAUGCUGCAAAAUUCACCCCUUUAAUGUGUGGAAUUUAAUGGUUUUAAUAUAUUCACCAGGUUGUGCAUCCAUCACCAUAUAAAUAUUAAUUUACUAUAAAGUAGUCCAGGGAAUGUGGGUUUGGGAUAUCUAGCUCAAUAUAUUAACUUUUAAUUUUGGAAGAUACAGUAGAUCUUUUUGUUGAGCUGAUGAUUUAGAAGGUAAUUUAUCUCACCUGUAAAGUUUCUGUGGAGUUUAGAUGCAGAGUAAAUAGCAGAACACUAUUUAAAAAACUCGGAUCAAGAAAGCUUUAUCUUAUUUAUGAUCCUUUUCAGUAUAAAAUUAUUUUAUCCCUAAAAUAUAUCUACCAAUCUGAAUUUACAUGUUUACUUCUUAGAACUAUUUCCCUCUUGCUGCCAGGCUACUAUGAGACUAGAUCUUGAUGGAAAAUAGGAAUUGGGACCUUAUUAGAAUACUAGAUUUAUAAAUUUUCUUGUCCUCAUCUGUUACUGGUGAUCACUGCUGAACUUGCAACCACUAGUUCAGCUGUCUUUUGCUAGUCUUUAAUGAAAGUUUGUGAUCAUAUUUCAUACCUUGCUGUAGUGUUUAAUAUUCAGUGGUGUUUUCAGUGUUUACAAAGUAGCACUUUUGACAAUGCAGUCUUACCAUUUUAUUUUAAUUCUUCCCAUGUAUUUUUUGUUUCCUUUACAGUACUCUGUGCAAAAAACUUGGUGAAAAAGGAUUUUUUCCGACUUCCGGACCCAUUUGCUAAGGUGGUGGUUGAUGGAUCUGGGCAAUGCCAUUCUACAGAUACUGUGAAGAAUACACUUGAUCCAAAGUGGAAUCAGCAUUAUGACUUGUAUAUUGGAAAGUCUGAUUCAGUUACGAUCAGUGUGUGGAAUCACAAGAAGAUUCAUAAAAAACAAGGUGCUGGAUUUCUUGGUUGUGUGCGUCUUCUUUCCAAUGCCAUUAACCGCCUUAAAGACACUGGUUAUCAGAGGUUGGAUCUCUGCAAACUUGGGCCAAAUGACAAUGACACAGUUAGAGGACAGAUAGUAGUAAGUCUUCAGUCCAGAGACCGGAUAGGCACAGGAGGACAAGUUGUGGACUGCAGUCGUUUGUUUGAUAAUGAUUUACCAGAUGGCUGGGAAGAAAGGAGAACUGCCUCUGGAAGAAUCCAGUAUCUAAACCACAUAACCAGAACUACGCAAUGGGAACGCCCAACACGACCGGCAUCUGAAUAUUCUAGUCCUGGCAGACCUCUUAGCUGCUUUGUUGAUGAGAACACUCCAAUUAGUGGAACAAAUGGUGCAACAUGUGGACAGUCGUCAGAUCCCAGACUGGCAGAGAGGAGAGUCAGGUCACAACGACAUAGAAAUUACAUGAGCAGGACACAUUUACAUACUCCUCCAGACCUACCAGAAGGCUAUGAACAGAGGACAACUCAACAAGGUCAGGUGUAUUUCUUGCAUACUCAGACUGGUGUGAGCACAUGGCAUGAUCCAAGAGUGCCUAGGGAUCUUAGCAACAUCAAUUGUGAAGAGCUUGGUCCAUUGCCUCCUGGAUGGGAGAUCCGUAAUACGGCCACAGGCAGAGUUUAUUUUGUUGACCAUAACAACAGAACAACACAAUUUACAGAUCCUCGGCUCUCUGCUAACUUGCAUUUAGUUUUAAAUCGGCAGAACCAGUUGAAAGACCAGCAGCAACAGCAAGUGGUGUCCUUAUGCCCUGAUGACACAGAGUGCCUGACAGUGCCACGGUACAAGCGAGACCUGGUUCAGAAACUAAAAAUUUUGCGACAAGAACUUUCCCAACAGCAGCCUCAGGCUGGCCAUUGCCGCAUUGAGGUUUCCAGGGAAGAGAUUUUUGAGGAGUCAUAUCGACAGGUCAUGAAAAUGAGACCAAAAGAUCUCUGGAAGCGAUUAAUGAUAAAGUUCCGUGGAGAAGAAGGUCUUGACUACGGAGGGGUCGCCAGGGAGUGGUUAUAUCUCUUGUCACAUGAAAUGUUGAAUCCAUACUAUGGCCUCUUCCAGUAUUCAAGGGAUGAUAUCUAUACACUGCAGAUCAAUCCUGAUUCUGCAGUUAACCCGGAACACUUAUCAUAUUUCCACUUCGUUGGACGAAUAAUGGGAAUGGCUGUGUUUCAUGGACAUUAUAUCGAUGGUGGUUUCACAUUGCCUUUUUAUAAACAGUUGCUUGGGAAGUCAAUUACUUUGGAUGACAUGGAGUUAGUCGAUCCAGAUCUUCAUAACAGUUUAGUGUGGAUACUUGAGAAUGAUAUUACAGGUGUUUUGGAUCAUACCUUCUGUGUUGAACAUAAUGCAUAUGGGGAAAUUAUCCAGCAUGAACUUAAACCAAAUGGCAAGAGUAUUCCUGUUACCGAAGAAAAUAAAAAGGAGUAUGUUAGGCUAUAUGUGAACUGGAGGUUUUUACGAGGCAUCGAGGCGCAAUUCCUGGCUCUGCAGAAAGGAUUUAAUGAAGUAAUUCCACAGCAUCUGCUGAAGACAUUUGAUGAGAAGGAGUUAGAGCUCAUUAUUUGCGGACUUGGAAAGAUAGAUGUUAAUGACUGGAAGGUAAACACCCGGUUAAAACACUGCACACCGGACAGCAAUGUCGUCAAGUGGUUCUGGAAAGCUGUGGAGUUAUUCGAUGAAGAGAGACGAGCACGGUUACUUCAGUUCGUGACAGGCUCGUCGAGAGUGCCUCUGCAAGGCUUCAAAGCCUUACAAGGUGCUGCAGGCCCACGACUCUUCACCAUCCACCAGAUUGAUGCCUGCACGAACAACCUGCCCAAAGCGCACACGUGCUUCAACCGAAUAGACAUUCCGCCUUAUGAAAGCUAUGAAAAGUUAUAUGAAAAGCUGCUAACAGCCAUCGAAGAAACAUGUGGAUUUGCUGUGGAAUGACAGACUUCAAGGAUUUACCCAGGACUCUAUUUAUACCCCUGACAGCCUCCUUUCAGCAGAGUUUCAAGGAAUGCUGAAAUACAGGAAAAUGCUCCUCCCCUUUGAAAUUUUAGGACACUGUGAGGGGAAAGGACAAUUUUGAAAUUCCUUUUCAAGGAAAAAAAAAAGGUCUUUAUGCUUUGCCAUGAGGCCACAUUCAGCUGCUAUUUAAAAUUAAUAUCUUGAACCUAAAGAAUGCUGACUUUUCCUACAUUUCCAGAGUUAGGCAGUAUUCUACACUUAAAGACUACUACUAUUUUUAUAAAAGGUAACCUAUUCAAAUCGCUUCACAGAUUUCAAGUCUCUGAAACAUCAAGACAACUUCAGCAGUCGGUACAAGUCACAUUUCAUUUUGAUUGAAUACAUGAUUUUGAAUAGCUCCUGUACUCGCUCUUUGUAAAAAAAAAAUGAAAUAAAAUUAUUUUGAAUUAUCCUAUCUUUGUAACCAAUUGGCUAAAAGAAUCAUUAUCUUUAAAAAAAUCAAGCCAUUUACACAUUUAAUUACAUUUUUCUAUAGCAAAGCAUUAUAUUUUAAAAGUAUUAUAUGUUUCAACCUAGCCUAAGUGAGUGUUUUCUAUAUUUUUCAAGCACAAGUUACCUGGAAUACAGCUAUAUAAUUUUGGUUGUCAGAUUCCUAAUGCAACCAUUUAGUCUAAACUUAGUAGCUUAUUUGCUACGAUAAGAUGCCUUCAGGGGCUCCGUGUUUUUACAAGACUUUAAAAAACCCUAAUUUUUUAUCUUGAAUCAAUAUGACCAGGUGUUUUGGACUUACUUUUCAUUUUAAAUGGAUAUCCUGCAUUUUUAUAGCUUCUCAGAUCAUAUGGAUGGGAUGGAAUUUUAACUCUUUUGCUGGAUCAACUUAUCUUUAAUAUAUAUACUAUUUCUGGAAACCAAAGUCUCCUCUGACAAAGUACACCUAAUUUAUAUUAUAUUUUAAUUAUGGUGUGAGUUUCUAUCAAGUAAACCAUCCUAAAUCUUUAUUUGCAAUAUUUUAAUCAGCUAAAAUUAUGAAAAAGGAAAAAAAUUGCUCUAAAGACUAUUUAACAAACUUAGAAAACCCUGCUUUUACCUAACAAAAAUAAAGUGGGGGUGGUGGGACAGGGGAUGUGAUUAUAAAGAAAGGGUGAUUCUAACUAUAUGGUAUUAAUUACUUUAAAACUGAAGAAUGAAUUUUGGAAGUGAGGGAAUGCCAUUUUCCUUGGUUUUAAAGCUCAGCAUCUGAUUUUGAAAUAUUCAGAUUUAGCUUUCAAGGUGUGUGGCAUGUUGCAUGAUACAGAAGGCAGCAAAAUUCUGGAAUGAUGAAUUGGAAAAAUCUGAAAUCAUGGGUGGGUUUUUAAAUUCAGUCAUGAGAAAUCUGCACUGUUUUUUUUACAUUGAUGUGAAAUCAAGAAUAGCAAAUUUUGAUGAUACAGCUUUGUUUAAAUUUUAUGGCUUAAUUAUUAAGUCAGUAAUAGGCCUAUGUGUUCUUUAUUUUGAUGGACUGGUUUUUAGUCUGUGUUCUUGAAGCCACGGGGUUCCUCAGGUGCCUCAGAAUCAGUGGUUUGUGAGAGGAGGGACAGAGGGAGGGAGGGGAAAGGACUAGUUGGUAUUCAGCAGGGGCCUCUAACUCCCCACCCUGCCCUAUUUACCCAGAGCAGCUCCAGUUUUUGUCUUUUAUGUAUUGGAAUUCCAAGUAAGCAUUCACAUGGUUGGGAGAGGGGAGGGUAAAAGAAGGGGACAUUUGCCGCUUAAAAAAAGUUGAUAACUACUUGCGUUGUUUCUAAGAAUUUAAAUUUGUUUCAUUCAGCCAAAUUUGACUGCUCCAUGCGAGCUAGUUAUAGUCUAACUGUGCAGUAAUAAUGUGCUUUUGCCUGCCUUUUUCUUCCCACUUGUGUUUUCCUACCAUAUUCUUAGUAGCAUUGAAGAACAUCUUGAAAUGUACAGAAACGGUGUGCACACUGUUUGACAUCAGUAGUUUCAGUUCUCACAGUAGUACCUUGCUGGUCACAGGUCUUCUCUCUCUGAUACUACAGGACUAGUGCAGUGCAACUGUACCUGUCUUAGAAGCUUUCAGUGAAAAGUCAGCCCGCACACACUUGAAAGGAAUCAUUAACUGACAGAGGCAGUACUGACGAAACGCUCUAUCAUAAUGUACAGUAUCAAGCAGGCAAAUACCAUCGCUUUCUGAGUGCCUUUUUAAACUUUAUAAAAAUGAUUUAAUAGAGCUUUAAGAAAAAUGAAUUACCUACUAGUCUGUGGUUUCACCAACAUUAUUUAUAAAAAUAUGUUUAGAUUUCAUUUUCAAAAGUAUGUUACCUGAUUACUUCCAAAAAGGUGCUAAGCAAACAAAACCCCCCAAUGUGUCAUUGAGCUUUGGACUUGCACCUCAUGUUUAAUGUGAAUAUUUAUUUCCACAUGUCCCUCUUAACUGGGUUUUUUUUUCUAGUCCUUCCUGUAGUUGUGUUAUUUCAGAUACGUGAUGUUGCAUAUCCAUACAUUGCCUUUCCGUCAUGCAUACUUAAUUGUGAACAGUGGUUACUUUGUAGAGAUCAUACGGCAGUACAGAGGUGAGUUUUAUUUCGAGGGUCUGAUUUCUUGGUGGAAUGAGUUUUUAAAUAGUGCCGUGUAUAGUGUACAUUUUGUUUUGCACAUAGUUUGUUGCCCUGAAUGGGUUUUCUUUUUACCAAGUCAUUGUUUUUUCUUGCAUUUACAGUCCAGAGCACAAGUUUCCUUUCUUUUAAAUACAGUCUAAUUUGCUUUAUUUUACAACACUAAGUCUGCUUUGAACUUCUGGUGCAUUGAACUGAUUGCUUUGACGGGAGUUAGAGGCUGCUCCAGCCAUCACUUCGGUUGGACAGAGCAGCUCCUCCUGCUUGUCCGUCAGCUGCAGCACCCAGUCCGCGGGGCCAUUCGUGGUAUUUACCCUUCUUAUGUUAGGAUGAUGACUGUACCAAAUGCUGAGUUGUUUUGUUUGUAGAUGUAAUUAGUUCACUUAAUGUAAUAUUCUCUCAAACUGACUUUAAAAACAAAGUUUUAUCAUUUUCAUUGUUAUUUGUAUUUAUUACAGAGUGUUUUAGCUUUGAUAUUCUUUGUAUUUUCACUCAGUUGUUACAUGAGCUUUAUCAAUAACAUCUGUAUAAAUGGUUUUUAAAAAUUAACUAUGUAUUGCCCAUGCCGAAGUUGAGCAAUAAAAUGAAUGCUGUUUGCACUGUCACAGCAUCAAAGUUUUUAAAGAA